AUGAAGCCAUCCGCCCUCCUCCUCACCCCCGCCCUCACCCUCUCCCUCGCCCUCUCCCUCCGCCCUCGCGACGGGCCCACCACCCACAAGGCCUGGUCGGGCACACCGGCCGCCGUCGGCGACAUGGUGCAGUUCCGGUUCCGGCCCUUCAACCACACCGUCACCCAGCCCGCCGGCGCCGGCGCCCCCUGUAGUCCCAUGGACGUAAAGGGCAUCAAGGCCGGCGCCGCCAUGGCGCCCAUCAACAGUGACUUCGUCCCCGGCGCCACCGAGGCCGACAAGGAGGUGCCCGUCUUCAACGUGCAGGUCGCGUCGGCGGACCCCAUCUAUCUGUACUGCGGCCAGCCGCCGCACUGCAACCUGGGCAUGGUCAUGGUCAUCAGCCCAAAGUCCGACGACGACGUCAAGGCCUUCGAGGCCGCCGCCAAGGCUCAGGACAGACCAACCCGCCCUCGGGCACUGUUGCCGGCGGAACCAUGGGGCACCAUUGCGGCUGGCGAGGCCAUUGUGCCGCCCUGAGCUCGGGGAGCUGUCAGUUCUCACCAUGUGUGUCCAGAGGGUAUUUGUUGGAUCUAAAUAGCCAGUAUAUUUUAGACACCCGUGUUUUGUUUGGGGUUUCAAUGACAUUUGAACGCAGUUCAACCGCCACAA